AUGUACACUCCAACACAUCUCAUUGAUACUCACAAUUGCAAACAACAACAACAAUCAACUAGCAAACUUGUUAACAGAUAUCUCUCAACAGCCGCACAAUAUCUCAACCGAACAAAAAGCUUCCAUGUCACGCCUACAAAUUCCAAACAUCACUAUCUUCAAGUUCCAGUCAUUUCAACAAACGCGUCAGUAAGCAAUCUAGCGCCAUCGAUUUCGAACGACAUGCACACGACAGAAGAACUCUCCUUCGAUGUUACACCAGUGUCAAACGACGAAACAAAUUCAUCCAGUAUACCUUUGGAUGAAAGUAAUAAUAAUUCAAUCAAUGUCAAUAAAACACAAGGUCUUGUCAAUACAUUACGACGAUCAUUGAGAAAAAAUAAAGAACGAUUUUAUAAUAAACAAUCGACAGCAAUGAAAUCCUGUCAUUCAUUGAAUACACAUGAUCAACCAGGCAACGAUAUUCAAGAUGUCUAUAAGAAGAUGUCCAUGACACCAACUUUACAUCAUCGACGUCAGCAUCUAACGAAUAAUACUCGACAAAUUACGAUAAAGACGAGCAUUAUCACUGAUGAUACCAAUAGUAACCAAACUAGUAAGAAAUAG